UGUCAAAGUGUCAAACUCACUAACCAACUGAGCGGUGACUACUUUAUUUACGUGAAUGAGAUUUUUCGUUUUAAUUUCCUUUUACAGUUUGAUUUAUAGUGUUAAUUUGUGAAUUGUAUAUUUUUGUGGUGUAAUUAUAGAGUAAGGUAAUCGUAAGAAAAAUAUAACAAUGUCUCAUCAAACGGGAAUUCAAGCCAAUGCGGAGUUAAAGAAAUAUUUUGGAAAAUGCAGAGAUGGAAAGAUUCGAGUUAUGAAAAUUAGCAUAGAAAAUGAACAGCUGGUUUUGUCCAAGUACUAUCCAGUAAAGCACUCGUGGGAGCAAGACUUUGACAAAUAUGUACCUUCGUUAAUUGUUGAAGACUUGCCGUGUUACAUAUUGUAUAGGUUUGACUCAACCAACUCGGUGGGACAUGAAUGGUUACUGCUGAGCUGGUCCCCAGACAGUGCUCCAGUCAGACACAAGAUGUUGUACGCCUCCACGAAAGCAACUCUCAAGCAGGAAUUCGGAUCAGCACAUAUUAAAGAUGAAAUGCAUGCUACUGUGAAGGAUGAAGUAAGUUUGAAGGGAUACAAGGCUCAUUUGACUGGUGUGAGUGCGCCAGCCCCGUUGACCGACAGGGAGGAGGCGUUGAAGGAACUCCAGGAGAAUGAACACACACCACAAUAUGGCACCGAUGCUAGGCAGUCAACCAUGGGUGGAGUAUCAUUCCCUAUAACCGAAGAUGCCAAACAAGGAAUAAAUGAUCUCAAACGAGGUUCCUAUAACUACUUGCAAUUUAAGAUAGAUUUAGAAGGAGAAAAGAUACAUUUAUCGAAAGCAGCCAAUAUAUCCCUAACGGAGCUACCGCAGCAGGUGCCCGGCGACCAGGCCAGAUACCACUUGUACAUAUUCAAGCAUACACAUGAAAGUGAUUACUUUGAGAGUGUUGUAUUCAUCUACUCAAUGCCGGGAUACAACUGCAGUAUAAAGGAACGAAUGAUGUACUCCAGCUGUAAAGGACAGUUUUUGGAAAUCAUUGAGCAGUUGGGCAUCGAGAUUGCAAAAAGGCUAGAAAUAGACGACGGCAAAGAGCUUACAGAAGAGUUCCUUUAUGACGAGAUCCAUCCAAAGAGGAACCUCCACCGUCCAACGUUUGCCAAGCCGAAGGGACCUCCGAACAGGGGAGCCAAACGAAUCACUAAGUCACAGAGUACACAGUAGGUGUAUUGUUAGUGUAGCGCUGAUGGUAGAUAAGUGGCCAAGAUAUAAAUGGGUGUUGGAUUAAAUGAAGGAUGAAAAUAGAUACAGUAUAAACAAAAAACCGGACCAAUCGUUUCUAAAAAAUAUUACAAGCUGUCAUUCAAAUGUGGACAAAUACUGAACUGCCUGACAUAGCAUAGGUCAAUCAACCAGGCAGAUCACCUGAUUGUAUAUCAGUUCUGCCCAUGGACACCCGCAACACCAAAGGAGUCAUAAUUCCAUGUGAAACAUUGACUUUUCUAUUAUUUUGUUACUUGUGCUAGACUGCUGCAUAUCCAUUUUUAAUACAUUUCUCAUUUAAUCCAACUCUCUAUAUAGUAUUAAAUAAGAAAAUAUUUUUCUAAUCUUCGGAAAUCCUGUGGCUCAUUGCACAAAAUGUGAGAUUUAGUAUGGAAUGGUACAUAGUUAGUUUUCUGUGUUUUUCUGCCGUUUAAAUAACAACUUCAACUUAUACAUUUAAAAUACUUUAUUCUAUAUGGUAUGACCAAUAUUUUCAAUUCAAAGCAAUAAGCCACGUGAUUUAAAUAUCUCUAUUUUAUCAGAUGUAGUAUUGUAGGUAUACGCCUCUUAAAAAACUACAUCUAACUUGCUUAUUUAAAAUUAAAGACUGUCAUGUCAAAGUGCAAUAAAUGAAAAAUGCUAAAAUUCUUCAAAAUGUUUAAAACAUGGAUUACUUCCAAAUCAAGUUUUUAAAACCAACUUCUAAAUUGUAUUCUUUAUUCUUUUUAAUGAAGCAUGUAUGAAUUUUAUUGUAUACUUCAAAAAGUUGUAAAUUAUAGUUGUAUUUGAAUAUACUGAAUUUAAAGUAUUAUUAAUAUUAUAAAUUGUAACUUUAAAAUGUAAACGAAUUAUAUAGUUGACAAUGAAAUUUUAGAAAUUACGUAAAGCGGUCUUUUAUUUUUUUAAUUUAAAAUGUGUAAAUUCAAUAGCUGUCUUUUUAGACCACAUAUUUUGUGCAUCUGUCAUUUAACUUCUGUAUACGUUUUAAACUGGUAAAAAAAUAAAACUCAAGAAUAUUAUAUAUGGUUAUGCUAAAAUCUUCUAAAUUCAACUGCUUUAGGUUCGCCUGAUUAACCUAUCAGGUGCCACGACUAUUAUUUUUUUAGCAAUAGUAGAUCUUAUUCAAAUAUUCUUCUUUUUAUACUUGAUAGGUUGGCCACCAAGUUAAAAGGAGUUUGCAUAACUAUAUCUAAAUAAAAAAGUAUGUUCUUGCUGGCUUCAAAACGUAUAAUUAUUAUAAGGUACUGUAAAAUUGCAAUAUAUUAUAUCUUGAUACUUAUUUCAUGUAUUGUCGUAUUGUAUAUUUUUGCAAAAAUAUUAUUCGAAUGUAUAUUCUUUUAUUCAUAUUGCGGACUUAUUUUUAAAUCGAGUUUUAUGAACGCAUAUGUAGCUCAAUCUAUUUAUUAAUUAGAUCUUGCCAUUUUUAAAGAUUUGUAACUUUUAUUGUUAAAUGUAAGCGUUCUUUAUAAUCUCGUUUCAAUAAUUAUAAGUCUUAGCAUUUUUUUACCUUUCGUAUAUUAAAAUUAAGUAAAUAAUUUGCUGUUUUUAAACUAAAAUUUGAUGCACAAAUGAAAUUUGUAAAUACAUAUUUCCGUAUAUUUUUAUAAAUCGGUUUGACCACGUAUGAAUUGUGCAAUUUCUGUAACAAUAAAACUGCUUUUAAUAUUAUUUUCAUUUUAUUCAGGUAGCAGCCGAACUUAUAAUAAAAUUGGAUAAUUCAUUCAGA